UAACGGGAUGGUACGGUGAGACGCGGCCUAUUUAGAUUGUUGCUGGCCACAGUACGUGCUCCUCGCACUCAGAAGCCACACGCCACUCGUCACAUCGGAAUGGACAAGCACAGUCGACCUCUGCUUGCUCUGCUUUCCCUCCUCCUCUGCCUCUCCCAGCUCCGGGCCAGCUCCGCCAGCUCCGUCACCGCCGGCAAACCGGACGGCACGGAGCUCUGGGGGUUCGUCGAAGUCCGACCAAAGGCUCACCUGUUCUGGUGGUACUACAAGAGCCCCCAGAGGGUGUCGACGCCGUCCAAGCCAUGGCCGACCGUCCUCUGGCUACAGGGCGGUCCUGGAGCGUCGGGGGUGGGCAUCGGCAACUUCAUGGAGAUCGGCCCCCUCGACGUCAACCUGAAGCCUCGAAACUCCACGUGGCUGCAGAAGGCCGACCUCAUCUUCGUGGACAACCCUGUGGGGGUCGGGUACAGUUACGUCGAGGACGACAGCCUACUGGUGACGAGUGACUGGCAGGCGGCCACGGACGCCACCACGCUCCUCAAGGCGCUGGCCAAGGAGCUGCCCACCCUGCAGCAGGGGAGCCCCCUCUACCUCGUCGCCGAGUCCUACGGCGGAAAGUACGCGGCCACACUCGGCGUCUCGGUCGCAAGGGCCGUCCGUGCCGGCGACCUCAAGAUCAAGCUCGCAGGCGUCGCGCUCGGCGAUAGCUGGAUCUCGCCGGAGGAUUUCACGCUCGCCUACGCGCCGGUGCUCCUGGAUGUUUCGAGGCUGGACGACAACGCCGGCGACGCCGCCAAGAAGAAGGCGGCGACGGUGAAGGAGCAGAUCGCGGCCGGGCGGCUGGCCGCCUCGCAGGGGUCGUGGUCGGAUCUUUUGGAUUUCAUUCGCUCCAAGAGCGCCAGCGUCGACAUGUACAAUUUCUUGCUCGACGCCGGCAUGGACCCGGUGGCGGCGGACCUGCCGGCGACCUCGUCGAGCAAAACGCAGGUGACAAAGUACUCGACGUACCUCGCCGGAAGCCAGGAGGAAGCCGGCGCCAACACCCUCAGCGGCAUCAUGAACGGGGUCAUCAAGGAGAAGCUCAAGAUCAUCCCCAAGGAACACGAGUGGUACGAGCUGUCAGACCCCGUCUACAACGCGCUGGUCAACGACUUCAUGAAGCCAAGGAUCGACGAGGUCGACGAGCUGCUGUCUUACGGCGUGGAUGUCACGGUUUAUAACGGCCAGCUCGAUGUGAUUUGCUCGACCAAGGGCGCGGAAGCAUGGGUGCAGAAGCUCAAAUGGGAUGGGCUGAAGAACUUCCUGAGCCUUCCGCGGGAGCCUCUGUACUGCGGAUCAUCCACGGUCACCAAGGCCUUUGUCAGGUCCUACAAGAACCUGCAUUUCUACUGGAUCCUUGGCGCUGGCCACUUCGUGCCUGCCGACCAGCCUUGCAUUGCGCUGAGCAUGAUCGGUGGCAUAACCCAGUCUCCAGCCAGCUAGGCGAGGACACCCGGAGCAGAUCCUGUUUGUCGGAUAGGAAAAGGACAUUGACGAUACAAGUAUAGAUAGAAAGCUUGCGUACUUUAAAGGGCGAUGAAAUUGGUUGUAAGGUGCAUUGGUGUGUGAGUGGGGGUUAAAGCUGCUCCGUUUUAUUCUCCGAAUAAAGAUGACACCUUUCAGAGCGUCUUUCACAA